AUAUACUAUUAAAUGCCUGUAAUUCACAGCCAAUGAAAAGGCGGUUAAAAUUGCUUCAAAAAAAUACACAACACUUUUGGUGUGCCUUUCGUUUGGUUUGGUUUGUCUUCAAACAACUGAUCCGUUGAGUGAUCACUGCCUCAGUCAUCAUGUCUUGCGAUUGGGAACUAUUGAAAGAGAAUGUGGAACCACUCAAGUCUGGCAGAAGUAUAAAGACUCUGAAGAAUGCUUUAGCGCUAAAUACAUGUGAUCUGAACGCCAGAGAAAUGAGACGGAAAGAGUUUGAGUCAGAAUUGCGGACAUAUAAUGGUUCGGAUCUGUUGUCCGUUUAUUACGAUUACAUCCAAUGGAUUGAACAGAACUAUCCUUUGGGUGGAAAUGAGGCCAAUCUGAAGACACUUCUGGAGAAAUGUGUGGAACAGUUCUACUCUCUGGAGGAAUACCGAAACGAUACGCGACUUUUG